AUGGCAGACAGCGGCAAGUGUGCGUUUGUUCUUGGGAUCGAGCUUUUGGACGGUGGAGAUGGCAGUGUGACUCUGUGUCAGCGCCAUUAUGUCGAUGAUAUCCUCAAGCGCUUUGGAAUGGAGGAGUGCAAGGCUGUGGCGAGUCCUGUGGAUGUCAGUUCUCGACUGAUGUCAAGCAGCACAGCGAGCAAGAUCGAUGUUCCAUUCCGUGAAGCUGUUGGUCCCCAAGAAGAACACUGGGUUGCGGUCAAGCGCAUCUUUCGCUACCUACAAGACACCAAGACGCAUGGAAUUUGCUACAAGCCAAGUGCAAGGAUCGACUUUCGUGGCUAUUCGGACGCAGACUGGGCCGGCGACCUUACUGAUCGCAAGUCAACGUCUGGCUACGUCUUCAUGCUAUUGGGUGCUCCAGUGAGUUGGGUCAGCAAGAAGCAGCCAAGUGUGUCACUGUCUACAAGUGAAGCGGAGUACAUUGCGCUAAGUCUGGCGAUUCAAGAAGACAAGUGGAUCCACCGCUUACUGUGCGAGAUCAUGGCAGCUGCUAAUGAGGACGGACCCGAUCUCAUCAUCCGAGAAGAAAACUUGUCCUGCAUCAAAAUGACCAAGAAUCCGGUCAACCACGGCCGCGCCAAACACAGUGAUAUCAAAUACCAUCACAUUCGCGAUGAAGUCAAGCGCGGUGAAGUGAAGCUUGAAUAA